CCAAGAAGCUUGACGGAACAGCCAAGGGGACAGCACUCUGGCUCACCUCUGUGGGAAAUGAGUAUGGUCAGAUUUUCAUCAGUGUGCUGACCGCUCAGGAGGGAGCUGGCCUGGACAUGAUGGCAGCAGACCUGGUAAAGAGAUACCAGCAAGCCGGUGUGGACCGCCCUGUUGCCUUAUAUGUCGACUGUGGCUGCUGUACUGAGGCAGGGGAGACCAAGCUGAAGGCCAGAUUCAGCGGGUGACCACACCUCACUAUAAGGCUGGACAUCUGGCACUUCAUACGCCAACUUGCCCUGGGAUGCGCAACAGAUGCUCAUCAGCUGUACCCAGUAUUUAUGUCGCGCCUAUCAGCGUGCAUAUUUGAGUGGGAUGCAGCUGAUUUAGCUCUGUUGCGCGAAGCAAAAAGACAGCAACUUCAGUCCCAGGGCCUGUCUUCCCUUACUGAUGGCGACAUCAAUAAACAUCUAUCAAGGAAGGAGCUGGCUCUCCAUUGCCGGAGGAGGACCCGUGGUGAGGAGACCACCACUCAGCUGCUGGAGGAGCUGCUGCAGGGGCUCAUGGGGACCAGUGGCAACGACUCCCUUGGAGUUCCCCUGUUUGAUAGGGAGAGGAUGGAGCACAUCUGGCGUGUCCAAAGAAAGCACGUCAACUGCAUCCAGCACCUGCCAGGUGUCGCUCUAUACACCAAGACGGGGGAGCUCACAAAGGGAGGUGUGCGGUUACCCAUGUACAGAUGUGCCAGAGGCUCUACAUCUUUAGAGUCUUUUCAUUUACACCUAAACCGCUUCAUACCAGGGACCAGUGCCAACAGCCUGAAUUUUCAGGUAUACCUGCUGGAAGGACUGCAUAGGUGGAACCAGGACCGUGGUAGUGCUGCCCUGUCUACUGGACCAUGUGCUUUACGCAGCUACUCGGGUGACCUGCUUCACUGUGUAAACAAAAAUUACGAGAAGCUGUUCGGCAGGAAGGUGGUACCAGUUUCAGGAGAGCUCAUAGGGGUACAGUAUCUGUUCCGGCAGACUGGUCAGGCACUGCAGGAUAUGCACCCUGAUUCAGAAGAGACUGCUCAGUUAAUUGAAGAGCAUGACGUGGAGGACGGAGGAAGGGGAGGGGAGGAAGAUGAGGGCUUCUCGGACAUCACAGAUGACCCCCACAUUGCUGGACCCGGAGGUUCUUCAGGUUCCAGCCUCUCCGAUUCCUGGUACCUCCACCAUUACAUCUGGCCCACACUACAUCCAGUCUGGCCCCCAGCGUCUCCACCCUGGCGAUUACCACAGCUCCCAGCAGAUCCACCCUGAUUCCUGGCACAUCUGCAAUGACUGCCAGCACAUCCACAAUGGCACCGGGUAGGGCUGAACAAUUAUUGGAAUAUUAAUGAAAUCAAGCCAAGUGCAAUAUCCAAAUUGCAGAAGCUGCAGUUUAGAGAUAAAAUGUGUGACAAAACAGCUUUCUAAUGAAGUACUGUAAUGCUGCAGAGACGCCCCGGCCUACACAACUUGUUCUCCAGAUGUAAGAAAACAUGUUUGUUCACUACAGUCCCCAACAAAUGUCACAUCUGUCAGCAGGUAGACACGGGACACAGAGGUUAGUACUGAGACGCAGGGAGUUUAUUCAAAAGCCAGACA